AUGCCACCAAUCCGCUCGCGCAACUCGCGGAAACCGCCACCAGCGGGGUUCGACGACAUCGAAGACACACUCCUGGAAUACAGCAACAAGAUGCGGGACGCACAGAACGCGUCGCAUGAGGGCAAGAAGAAGCACGAGACGCUGUGGCCGAUCUUCCAGAUCUCGCACGCGCGCUCGCGCUACAUCUACGACCUGUACUACGAGCGUGAAGCCAUCUCCAAGCAGCUGUACGACUGGCUGCUGAAGAACAACUACGCCGACAUGAAUCUGAUCGCCAAGUGGAAGAAGCAAGGCUACGAGAAGCUGUGUUGUCUGCGGUGUGUGCAGACCAAAGAGACGAAUUUUGCGGGGACGUGUAUUUGCCGCGUGCCGAAAGCGGGGCUGAAGAGGGAGGAUGGCGGUGGUGAUGCUGGUGGAGGUGGUGGCGGCGCGGGAAUUCAAUGCGUCAACUGUGGGUGCAGAGGUUGUGCGAGCAGUGAUUGA